GGGUAUUGACAGCGUUAUGCUGAAGCUGGAGGAGGGUGUGGAUAUGAAAACUUACAUGGCCCUGUACACCGCCGUACACAACUUUUGCACAUCACAAAAGGCAGUCAGCAACGGGCAAGGAUUACAGGCGCAUCGUGGUGGUUUGUCUUUCGGUCCCCUAUGCGGGUGGUAUGUCGGCUUGUGAUGGAUUCACACUUGUUGGGCGAGGAAUUAUACAAGCUACUAGGGGAGUACUUGUCACGCCACCUUGAGGCCGUGUACAGAGAGUCCCAAAGCCAUACCGAAGAAGCCUUGUUAGGGUUUUACAUUCGUGAAUGGAUUCGUUACACAACGGCCGCCAAAUAUGUCAACCACCUCUUCCGGUACCUGAACCGCCACUGGGUGAAGAGGGAGAUCGACGAGGGCAAGAAGAAUGUCUAUGAUGUGUACACUUUGCACCUCGUCAAAUGGAAGGACGAUUUCUUCAUGAAGGUCCAUGAGAAGGUCAUGGAGGCCGUGUUGAAUCUGAUCGAAAAGCAACGAAACGGCGAGACCAUCGAGCAGUCGCAAAUCAAGAACAUCGUAGAUUCUUUUGUGUCUCUCGGUCUGGACGAGAAUGAUAGCACCAAGUCUACGCUGGAGGUUUACAGAGUAUACUUCGAGAAACCCUUCAUUGCUGCGACCAGAGUCUACUACGAGAAUGAAUCCCGCCAGUUCGUGGCCGAGAACAGCGUGGUAGAGUACAUGAAGAAGGCGGAGGCUCGCCUUGACGAGGAGAAAGCCCGCGUGGGCCUGUAUCUGCAUCCAGAUAUCAUGAAGCGUCUCACGGACACUUGCCUUGAUGUCUUAGUCACAGCACAUUCCGAAUUAUUGCGGGAUGAAUUCCAAGUUCUGCUAGACAAUGAGCGCCAAGAUGACCUAGCGCGCAUGUAUCGACUUUUGUCGCGAAUCAAGGAUGGGUUGGACCCUCUGCGGGCGAAGUUUGAGACUCAUGUCAGAAAAGCGGGCUUGGCUGCAGUCGAGAAAGUUGCAGCGGAAGGCGAAGCGUUCGAACCAAAGAUGUAUGUGGAUGCGCUCUUACAAGUCCACACCAGGUAUCAAAACCUUGUCAAUGAGGCUUUCAACGGUGAAUCCGAGUUUGUGAGAUCCUUGGAUAACGCCUGCCGCGAGUUUGUCAACCGCAACAAGGUCUGCAAAUCCAGUUCGACGAAAUCGCCGGAGCUGCUGGCCCGAUACACCGACUCUCUCUUGAAGAAGGGCUCAAAGGCUGCGGAGGAGUCUGAGUUGGAGGAGAUGCUCGUACAGAUCAUGACCGUGUUCAAAUACAUCGAAGACAAGGACGUCUUCCAGAAAUUUUACUCCAAGAUGCUGGCUAAGCGGCUGGUACACGUCAGCUCGGUAUCCGACGAUGCGGAGACUAGCAUGAUCAGCAAACUGAAGGAAGCCUGCGGUUUCGAAUACACCAACAAGUUGCAGCGGAUGUUCCAGGACAUUCAGAUUUCGAAAGAUCUCAAUUCCAACUACAAGGAUUGGCAGGAUAAGGUCCUCGACGAAGACGAUCGGAAGAAGCAGGUCGACGCGCACUUUCAAAUUCUUGGAACUGGGUUCUGGCCCCUCAAUCCACCUACAACCGGCUUUUCUGCACCACCCGAAAUCGUCAAGACUUACGAGCGCUUCCAGAGUUUCUACUAUGACAAACACAAUGGUCGAAAGCUGACUUGGCUCUGGCAGCUGUGUAAGGGCGAAGUCAAAGCAAAUUACAUUAAGAACACGAAAGUUCCGUACACUUUCCAAGUGUCGACCUUCCAAAUGGAAGGCUACCAGCCUCGCCCCGAAAUUCUCGACCCCAAUCUGGGAAUCCUGCUUAAAGCGAAGGUGCUCCUUCCAAGCCCUGAAGGGGCCAAACCCGAACCUGGAACUUCAUUCUCCCUGAAUUACAACUUCAAGAACAAGAAGAUCAAGGUGAAUCUAAACAUUCAGAUCAAGUCAGAACAGAAGGUAGAGUCAGACGACACCCACAAGACAAUAGAGGAGGACCGAAAAUUACUCCUCCAGUCCGCCAUCGUUCGCAUCAUGAAGUCCCGCAAGAAGAUGAAGCACGUACAGCUCGUACAAGAGGUCAUUCAGCAGGUCAAGUCCCGCUUUCCCCCCAAGGUGCAGGAUAUCAAAAAGAAUAUCGAAGCUCUCAUGGAGAAGGACUAUAUAGAGCGGUUGGACGGGGAUGAGAUCGCUUACAUCGCGUGAUUUUAUACCAUUUGCUUGCCACAACCUUUUGCUUCUGCUCAACGCCUCAUCUUAGCGCUGAUAUUUGUCUUUUUAAUCAUCCGGUUUCGCUUUGGCACAGGCUCCGGUUUCAUCACUAGCA